GAGGAGUUUGCAACGCUGCCCCCAAGUGACCCACCACCCAGUGCCGCCACGCACAGGCAGCAGGCGCCUGCCACGACCGGCCCGGUGCUUCGCCAACUUCGUUUUCCGAGCACUGUCACAACCCUUUGUCGGAACCGUGUAACGUUAGCCAUUAGCACAACAGCAACAGGCUACUAACAAAGGACAUUAUUAUCGGGGACGUUUAACGUUUAGAUAAGACACCGGGUGCAUUUCGGGCCUGAGCGUCUCGGCCUAGCUCUCCCUGCCGGCGUCCCUCCGCCUCGCUCGGUAUCACGAUCUAGGCAAGCGCGGGGGCUGAGCGUCUCGGCCUAGCUCUCCCUGCCGGCGUCCCUCCGCCUCGCUCGGUAUCACGUUCUAGGCAAGCGCGGGGGCGGGCGGCGAGAGACACCGCGAGAGAUGGCGUCGGAGGUUCGCGCCGCGUUGCUGCGCCGUGACCCCGUGAGCGCCGCCAGGGAGGUUCUCUACCACCUCGACAUCUACCUGUGCGGACAGCUGCAGAGCUACACGGUGCCCACCGUGGACAGGGCCAUCGUGGAGCUGCUGGAGGAGUUCAUGUUUCAGGAGCCGCACGACCGCGGCCUCCACCCGGCCAAGCAGAAGCUGUCAUGCGUACAGGAGCUGCAGCUGCUUGACCUCAUGUGCAGCUACUUCCAGGAGCAGAGCAAAGACGCUGUCCGGCAGCUCGUAUUCUCCACACUCUUCAGUCCGCGUGGCAGCAGGGCGGACGGCACGCGCCUCUCUCUGCUCAGCAAGCUCGUCUCCAUGGCCAUCGCGCUGGGUCGCUCACCCGUGCUGGACUGCGCUGCUGUCUGGAUGCAGAGGACACCUGUUGGGUACUGCGUUGACCUCGCCAAGUCGUUGGUGGAGGAUUACUGCAACCUGAUUCCAGGCUCCAUUACAACACUCCGCCAAAUGGUACAGUCCAGCCCACGCUUCUACUGCCAGUUCAUCACCGCUGUCACGGCGUUGUACGACUUCAGUUCUGACUCACACACACCGCCGGAGAGCCUGCUGGAGACGGUGGUAUCGUGGGUGUGCGACGACCCACGUCUCACGCUCUACAACUUCCUCAACAGCCCCAUCCCAGCUACAAGCCCACCGGGGUACCUGGAGCUUACACCUAUAGCAGGACUCAUGCGCUGGUGCAUCAAAGCACCACUGGCCUGCCACCAUCGCCGAAGCAAGCAAGCUGCAGGUGAAGACUCUUCAUGUGCACGUGUGCAGGACAAGGAAGUGCUCCUGAUAAAAGAAGAGGAUGAGCAGGGAGCACCGGUCAAGGAUCUCAACAUGAUGUACUCACGUCUUCAUUUGGGAGUGCUGCAGGUGCUGCAGCUGUUGUACAGCCAUCUGGCUGAGAAGAAGCUAUUAGGCCGCCUGCCGCUGGUGGCCUUUGAGCAGGUGACGCAGCUGGCAGCCGACCUGCGCCGUGCCGCCGAGCAGGCCAACCCGCUCGGGGCCGCACCGCACACGGAGCUUGCGCUGGACAGGUUUGCACAGGCAGUGCAGGUGGCGAUGGCGAUGGGAGCUCUGCUCUGCACGAGAGAUGACCUUCGAAAAGUGUGCUCUUCCCUCCCUCCCAACAGCCUGCUGCAACUGGUCCUAGCCGGUCCCGUGCAGUCUACACCUGGACCUCCCCAAGGGCACUACUCUCACAUGCACCCAACGGCAGCAUAUCCCACUCAGUCCUACAGUCCAGGUGUCACCUUCCCUUACAGGCAGGGGCCCUGAGUGCUGCCUGCACAUCAAUUAAAACAUUUUAAAUUAUCACCCAAGACUCGCAUUACAAUGCUUGAUUUUGUAUUCAAUGUACAUAUUAAAACGGAGCGGUCUUUUAUAUCAGUUGUUACAGCACACAGGCUUGCGUGGCCAAGGAUGUAAACUUUAUUUUCGUAUUAUCUGAUGUCCAUCCUCUCACAAAACAAGUUUGAUCGAAACACAUGUUGUAAAAAUGUACCUUCUGUUCUAGGAUGUUCGCAAAUGUGUAUAAAGCGAAACGCUGUUUUUCUAAGGUUCAAUAAAAUCUGAUCCAAAACUA